GUUUUGCAGGAAGAAUCGGAUAUUGCUUUCGAAGAGGAAAUUUUACGCAAUCCUUAUUCGGUGAAAUUUUGGAUGCGUUAUAUUGAACAUAAAGCCAACUCACCUAAACAAGUCAUCAAUUUAAUACACGAACGGGCAUUAAAAGAACUCCCUGGCAGCUAUAAAUUGUGGUAUAAUUAUCUAAAAUUAAGAAGGAAACAAAUUCGAGGAAAAUGCAUCAAUGAUCCUGCAUAUCAAGAUGUUAACAAUACUUAUGAACGAGCUCUCGUAUUCAUGCACAAGAUGCCUCGUCUAUGGAUCGAUUACUCCCAAUUCUUAGUAGAUCAAAAAUUUGUAUCCAGAGCACGUCGCACCUUUGAUCGAGCUUUGCAAGCUUUACCAAUAACCCAACAUCAUCGGAUAUGGCCAUUGUACCUAAAAUUCGUUCGAUCCAGUGGUAUCCCAGAAACUUCUGUUCGAGUGUAUCGACGCUAUAUCAAACUGUGUCCGGAAAAUUCGGAAGAAUUUAUAGAAUAUUUACUAUCGAUUGAUAGAAUUGAUGAAGCUGCUGGUAAACUUGCUGAAUUAGUAAAUAGUGAGAGUUUUGUAUCAAAAGAAGGCAAAUCCAAGCAUCAGAUGUGGCAAGAAUUAUGCACACUAAUUUCUAAAAAUCCAGAUCAGAUAAAAUCCAUUAAAGUAGAUGCUAUUAUUCGCGGUGGAUUGAAAAGAUUUUCCGAUAUGGUCGGUCAAUUAUGGAAUUCCCUGGCCGAUUUCUACAUUAGAAGUGGACAUUUUGAAAAAGCUCGAGAUGUUUAUGAAGAAGCGAUCCAAACUGUUAAUACAGUUAGGGACUUUGGACAGGUAUUUGAUGCAUACGCACAAUUUGAGGAAGGUAUGCUCAAUGCAAAAAUGGAAGCCACGGCUGAAUUAGGACCCUCUACUGACGACGAUAUUGAUAUCGAAUUAAGACUGAUGAGAUAUGAAGAGCUUAUCGACAGGAGACCUAUACUUCUCAACAGCGUUUUAUUACGGCAAAAUCCUCAUAAUGUUCAUGAAUGGCACAAGAGAGUUCAGUUGUUCGAAGGAAGCCCUCAAGAUGUAAUAAAGACAUUUACAGCUGCUGUGCAAACGGUUAGUCCUACUGAGGCAUCUGGUAAGCCACAUACUUUAUGGGUAGCUUUUGCUCGGUUUUACGAAGAUAAUGAUCAAUUACCUGAGGCACGUAUUAUUUUUCAAAAAGCAACAAAAGUUCCCUUCAAAUAUGUUGAUGACUUAGCUGCCGUGUGGUGCGAAUUUGCUGAAAUGGAAUUAAGGCAUAAAAAUUAUGAUAAAGCACUCGAUGUAUUACGUAAGGCAACUGCCGUACCUUCACGGCGUGCAGAGUACUUCGAUGAGAAAGAAGCUGUACAAAGUCGUGUUUAUAAAUCGUUAAAGUUAUGGAUGUUUUAUGCAGACUUGGAAGAAAGCCUCGGAACGUUUGAUUCUACGAAAGCUGUUUACAACAGGAUCAUUGAUCUAAGGAUAGCCAAUCCUCAAACUAUUAUAAACUUUGCAAUGUUCUUGGAAGAAAAUCAUUAUUUUGAAGAAGCUUUCAAGGCUUAUGAACGGGGUAUUGCGUUAUUUAACUGGCCUCACGUAUAUGACAUUUGGUUGACGUACUUAAAAAAGUUUAUAGCUCGCUAUGGCGGCAAAAAAUUAGAACGAUCAAGAGAUUUAUUUGAGAACGCUCUUGAUAAUUGUCCAUCGAAAUUUGCUAAAACGUUAUACUUGCUAUACGCAAAGUUAGAGGAAGAAUAUGGGCUAGCCCGCCAUGCUAUGGCUGUUUAUGAACGAGCUGCAAGUGCUGUUUUACCAAAUGAAAAAUUUGAGAUGUUUAAUAUCUACAUUAGCCGCGCAGCUGAUGUAUUUGGAUUGCCAUAUACGCGCCAGAUAUAUGAACGUGCAAUUGAAUCUCUGCCGGAUGAUAGUACUAGAGAAAUGUGUAUGCGUUUUGCGGAUCUAGAGUCGAAGUUAGGCGAAAUCGAUCGGGCUAGAGCAAUUUAUGGCUAUUGUUCGCAGCUUUGUGAUCCGAGGAAAGAGGCAUCAUUCUGGAAAACUUGGCAUGACUUUGAAGUACGUCAUGGCAAUGAAGAUACCUUCCGUGAAAUGCUACGCAUUAAACGUAGCAUACAGGCUAAAUUUAACACUAAGAUAAACUACAUGACAGCCCAAAUGCUUCCGGGAUCAGAGUCUAGUGGAGCUGAUCCAGGUAGUGACGAUAUGAAAAAACUUGAAGAACGUGCGAAAGCAAUCAUUGAAGAAGCUAAACAAGAUCAACCUAAAGUUGGUAAACGGGAUAUUUUAUUUAUCAGGGGCGAUACAACUCAGGAAGAAUCAAAAGAGGCAGUUAUGGCAUCUAACCCGGAAGAAAUUGAUAUAGACGAUGACGAUGAUGAUAAUGAUAAUGAUGUAGAAAAAGUGCCUGCACCCGGUAUGACCUUGAUAAGGACAUCUAUGUUCUGUGUACCAUAUACGCAUGCCUAA